CCCUUCCUUUUGUGGUAACGAACUCAAAAUUAUCAGUAGAAAAAAAAAAAAAUGGCAGGGCUUCUAAAAACUGCUAUGGCCAGUCAACUUCUGGUCCAUCUACAAAGCGGUCCAAUGUGUUCCGUAAAUGAGGCACAACCGGCCGUAGCGAUCGGCCAGUUGCGGAGUUACAGCAAAUGCGAAAAGAAGUGUCCCGGCGAGGAGCAGAAGAAGGGCAAGUAUCAGAUUGUGAUGAUACGACACGGCGAGUCUGAAUGGAAUCAGAAGAACCUAUUUUGUGGCUGGUUCGAUGCUGCUCUCAGCGACAAAGGCAAGCAGGAAGCCUGCGCUGCGGGCAACGCUGUGAAGGAUGCUAAAAUGAAGUUCGACGUGGCCUUCACUUCGAUGCUGACACGUGCCCAGGAGACGUUGCUCGCCGUGCUCGAGGCGAGCGAACAUGGAGAGAUACCCAUACAUAAGACCUGGCGCCUCAACGAGCGCCACUACGGUAGUCUGACGGGUCUAAACAAGGCCGAAACGGCCAAGAAGUUCGGGGAGGAGAAGGUGAAAGUUUGGCGACGCAGCUUCGACACGCCCCCACCGCCCAUGGAGAAGGACCACAAAUACUAUGACGCCAUUGUGAACGAUCCUCGAUAUUGCGAUGGUCCCAAGCCCGAGGAGUUUCCCAUGUUCGAGUCCCUCAAGCUGACCAUCGAACGCACCCUUCCCUACUGGAAUGAAGUCAUUGUCAAGCAGAUCAAGGAGGGCAUGAAGGUGAUUGUGGCGGCUCACGGCAACAGUUUGCGCGGCAUUGUGAAACAUUUGGACCAGAUGUCCAAUGAGGCCAUAAUGGGCCUUAAUCUACCCACAGGAAUUCCCUUUGUCUACGAACUAGAUGAGUGUAUAAAGCCUGUGGCGCCAAUGAGAUUUCUGGGCGAUCCGGAGACGGUCAAAAAAGCUAUGGAGUCGGUGGCGAAACAGGGCAAGGCUAAGUAAGGAGAGUUCUCUACCACGCCGCUAAUGAUUUAUUUUGAUUAACUGUUUUAAAUAAGAAUACUGUGCUGCAUAAAUAAAAAUUCUGCUCUAGAUGGAAA